CCUGCAUCCCGGGUCAUCCUGCCGCAGGGCCCGGGCCCUCCCGCCGCGGCCAUGGACAAGUACCAGGUGCUGGGGCUGGUGGGGGAAGGCAGCUACGGGGUGGUGACCAAGUGCAGGAACAGGGAGAACGGGCGGAUCGUGGCCGUCAAGAAGUUCCUGGAGAGCGACGACGACGCGGCGGUGAGGAAAAUCGCCCUGAGGGAAAUCAAACUGCUCAAGCAACUCCGGCACGAGAAUCUGGUGAACCUGCUGGAUGUGUGUAAAAGGAAGAAGCGGUGGUACCUGGUGUUUGAAUUUGUGGAUCACACGGUGCUCGAUGACCUCGAGGCCUCUCCCAGUGGACUGGACUACGACAGGGUUCGGAAAUACUUGUUUCAGAUUAUGAGAGGAAUUGCCUUUUGUCACAGCCAUAAUAUAAUCCACCGGGAUAUUAAGCCAGAAAACAUACUGGUUUCCCAGUCAGGAGUUGUGAAACUCUGCGACUUCGGAUUUGCCCGGCCCUUGGCAACUCCUGGGGAAGUUUACACAGACUACGUGGCUACCCGCUGGUACAGAGCCCCGGAGCUGCUGGUGGGGGAUAGCAAAUACGGCAGGCCUGUGGACGUGUGGGCUGCUGGCUCCCUCAUUACAGAAAUGCUUACAGGAGAGCCCCUUUUCCCUGGAGACUCAGACAUUGACCAGCUCUUCCAUAUCACCAAGUGUCUGGGUAACUUAAUUCCAAGACAUCAGGAAUUAUUCUAUAAAAACCCCCUCUUUGCUGGCAUGAAGUUGCCUGAGGUGAAGGAGCUCGAAUCCCUGGAGAAACGCUAUCCCAAGCUCCCUCCUGCUGCACUGGAUUUAGCCAAGGAGUGCUUGCAGAUGGACCCAGACAAGAGACCAUCCUGUGCCGAGCUCCUGCAGGGCGAUUUCUUCAACGAGGAUGGCUUUGCUGAAAGAUUUACUCAGGAGCUUAAACAAAAGAUCCAGAAAGAUGCCAGAGACCAUCACUUCCAAAAAAAAUAUAAAAUCAAUAAAAGGGACAAAGACGAUGUUUUAGAAGAAAGAAAAAUUACCAGCGUCCAGGAUUUCAGCAUGGCACCAAGGACCAAAGAUGGAAAGCUGAUAAAGCCCAAGCCCUGUAAAGCUGAUGCAGAGAAAGCAGAUCAAUCCUCCAAGCUGGGCUUCCUCUAUGACAGUACAGCCAACCCAUUUAAAUUCAGCCCUCAGACCAACCUGAGAGAUUCCAGCAGCAGCUUGGACUACGCCAAGAACCCAGGCACAGUUAUCCCUCCCAUCAACCAGAACUUCUCUCCUACUUUUGGGAUGGGUUCUGGGCCUGGGAACCUUAAUUACAGACUUGAUGAAAAGAGUAAAAAAUACUUGAACCCUUUGCUAAAGGCACGGAAGCCUUCUCCACUGGCCCGUUGCAGUGUCAGCUUGACACCGGUUACUAAUGAGAAACCCAUUCUUCAGGCAAGUAAGAAAAAAUGGGAAUACCUCAAGACAAAUGUGCGUUUGCCAGAACUAAGUCAUCUCCCCGAGCUGAGAGGUGCGGAAGCUCGGCAUCCUAGAUUUCUGAAAAAGGAAAAUGGAACAUUUGCAGAGUCCCGAGUCCCCUCCCUCGCUGCUAUCGACCUUCAUAGCUCAAGUCUGGCUUCACAGCAGCUGUCAGGGACCUUGAUGCCAGAUGCAUCAGAAGCCAACUUCCCCAGGGUGGAGCACUAGCCCAGGGGAGAGGGUCACACCUGCCUGUAAAAGGUGACUGAGCAGUGGGAACAAUCCAUCUGAGUUUCCAGGGGCUAAAGCUGCCAGGUCUGUCUGCAGGGG